AUGUUUACGGUGCCCCAGACUAUAGGCAGUGUCCUAUGCUGCAAAUGCGGUAUGUUGAUGCAACCAAAUGCUGCAAAUAUGUGUGCCAAGUGCUUGCGUUCUGAAGUUGACAUUACAGAAGGCCUACAGAAGCACGUGGUAAUUAUCCAUUGUCCUGAAUGUGAGAGCUAUUUGCAGCCGCCAAGGACCUGGAUGAAAAUGCAGCUGGAGUCUAAGGAGCUGCUGACCUUUUGCAUAAAGAGGUUGAAGAACUUGAAUAAAGUCCAUUUAGUACAUGCAGAAUUCAUUUGGACUGAACCUCACUCCAAGAGAAUUAAAGUUAGACUGAGGGUACAGAAAGAGGUUCUGAAUGGGGCAGUACUUGAACAAGCUUACACCGUUGAAUAUGUUGUGCAAGACCAGAUGUGCGAGUCUUGUACAAGGGUUCAGGCCAAUCCUGAUCAAUGGGUGGCUGCAGUUCAACUGCGGCAGCAUGUUUCUCACAGGCGCACUUUCUUCUAUUUGGAGCAGCUUAUUAUUAAGCACGAUGAAGCUCGCAAUGCAAUAAGAAUAAAGCAGAUGGACCAGGGAAUUGAUUUCUUUUUAGAAGCUCGCAAUGCAAUAAGAAUUAAGCAGAUGGACCAGGGAAUUGAUUUCUUUUUCGUUAAUCGGAGUCAUGCUGGGAAGUUUGUGGACUUCGUGGGCGAGGUAUCUCCGAUUAGGAAACGAAAUGACAAGCAACUUGUGUCCCAUGAUCCGAAGAGCAACAAUUACAAUUACAAGUACACUUUCUCAGUUGAGAUAUGUCCAGUAUGUCGUGAGGAUUUGAUAUGUCUUCCUCCUAAAGUUGCUGCAACUCAGGGAAAUCUUGGACCCCUUGUGAUCUGCACCAAAGUGACUAACAGCAUUGCUUUAUUAGACCCAUUUACUCUUAGGCACUGCUUCUUGAAUGCCGAGCAGUAUUGGAGGGCACCUUUUAAGGCUCUACUUUCAAGUAGGCAGCUUGUUGAAUAUAUAGUGUUGGACAUUGAGACUAUUUCUUCUGAAGUCGUUGGUGGCUCAAAGUAUGCUGUAGCUGAUGCCCAAAUCGCCCGUGUAUCAGAUUUUGGAAAGAAUGAUAUUCUAUUCAACGUGAGGACACAUCUCGGCCAUCUCUUAAACCCCGGUGAUUAUGCCUUUGGUUAUGACCUAUAUGGUGCGAACAGUAACGAUAUUGAACUAGACAGGUACAAGGGUCUUGUUCUCCCAGAGGUGAUAUUAAUUAAAAAGAGCUAUGAAGAGAAGCGCCAAAGGAAGCGAAACAAACCCCGUACAUGGAAACUAAAAUCUCUUAACAUGGAAAUUGACAAUUCUACUAGGGGUAGAGAUCAUGAGGAGAAGAUGAACGCAGAGUAUGAACAGUUCAAAAGAGACUUGGAGGAAAACCCUGAAUUGAGGUUCAAUAUUUCCCUUUACCGAAACAAAGAGUACCAGCCUUCAGAAAUGGCGUCUGAGACUGAUGGAGAGGAUAUUCCUUCUAUUCAAAUAGAAGAAUUGCUUGAUAAUCUUGACUUAAGUGACGAGGAAAUGGAGGGUGGUAUCCUGAAGGAUUGA